AUGAUCAAUUUUAGAUUGUUAGUACCAAUGCAUCUUUUCGGCACUUUCAUAUUGGUUAUUUCCACUGUUGUCGUAAUCCAAGCCUGCUUAUCAUCAUUAUCUACUAGCGGGCCACCAGGAGCGCCUGGAAGAGACGGACAAAAAGGAGAACCAGGCGACGAAGGACCUCCAGGACCAACCGGUCCACAAGGAGAACAAGGAUAUCCAGGACCUCCUGGAAUGGAAGGUGAGGCAGGUGACAAAGGACCACAAGGACCGCAAGGACCCCGAGGCCCGGAAGG